AUGACUCCGGGGUCCAUCCUUUUGUCCAGCCCCGUCGCAUCCGUUCGUCAAAUCGGCGGAACUCGCGGUGAGGUUGUCGUAACAACCAGAAACAACUUGACAUUCCGGGCUAAGAAGACAAUUAUUUCUGUUCCUACGCCACUCUAUCGAGACAUUACUUUCAACCCGCCCUUGUCAGGAGCGAAAUUAGAGCUCUCCAACAACACACGACUAGGCUACUUCAGCAAAGUUAUUCUUGUCUAUGCGAAGCCCUGGUGGAAGGAAGCAGGACUUGCUGGCUUGGCUCACUCACUUAAUACGACCGUGAAUCUAGGGGGAAGCGAGCCAGACACCGCAGCUGCCAGCAACGGAGCCGGACCAAUUACUCUGAUUAGGGAUACCUCGCACCCAGAAGAUGGUGUUUACGCUUUAACAUGCUUCGUUGUCGCGAACACAGGUCGGGCUUGGUCUCAGCUCCCAGCCGCGCAACGCCGUUCCGAAAUUCUUUCACAAGUUGCUUCAAUCUACAAAGAUAUAGAUAGAGACGUUGUUUACUCACCUGUGGAGAUUUUUGAGCAGCAGGAAUGGAGCAAGGAGGAGUGGAGCAAAGGCUGCCCGUGUCCCGUAGCCGGGCCAGGAGUAUUGAGUACAGUUGGUCACGCCAUUCGGGAACCCUUUGGCAAUGUACACUUUGUUGGUACCGAAACCAGUGUGGUUUGGAAAGGGUACAUGGAAGGGGCUGUGAGAAGCGGCGAGCGUGGUGCCACUGAAGUUGUCGAGGCUUUGAGAAAGGCUGCGACUCCUACAGCCAAUCUUUAG